AUGUGGGGCCCUGUGUGGAAAUCAAACUUUUACGGCGCGUUCGCGUUGAAUCGUCGCGUCGUCCUCCACGCCAUCGAUGCGACGCUUGCUCGAUGGCGUGGCGAUGCCGGUUCCUCGCCGCUCGAUUGAGCCAGGAGGCCGCGUCAUCGCCGAGAAAUGACUUAGUGAAGAAUUGUCGGGCACCCGACGCACUGGUUGAUUUCCACACAGGUGUGGCCCCGCCUGAGAGAAGCGGUCGCGCGGCACGACGGCGGUCUACUCAUUGGUUCCGAUGGUCACUCGGCGUGGUUGAAGCGAGAUCUCAUCGCCCUCGCGAAGGCGGACAACGUGUCGAUCGUCGAGGCCCGCGUCGACGACCCGGCGCUCGAGGCGCUCGUGGAGAACCACCUCUUCUCGCGCUGCGCGUUCCUCGUGCCGACGCGGGGCUCGACCUUUUUUAAUGUGGCCGCAGUCCGCGCGACGGGUCGUGCCGACAUUCGCGACGUCCUCGCGUGCCCGCAGACGAAGAAAGCGAUCAACCCCUUCGACGGCCGGCCGAUGCCCUGCAUGUUCGACCCGUCCUGUCCCGCCGUUCUCCCGGACGCGCAGUUCGAGCGGGGGUCCAUCGGCGAGUACAAGCCCCGGAGCGGGUGCUCGCCCCUCCACGGCGGCUGCGCGUGGAUGCGCACCGGCCACAGCACGCAAAGGGCUCGAGCGGCAAAGCACCUGGGAGGGAAAUGAACUAAACACA